AGAAUAAAAUAGAAGUACUACGAUUAACAUUUCUAGUUUCAUUGUUUCCUUUCAAAAAUUCAAUUUUCCUUAAAACAACAAUCUGUUUUGUAAGUUGAUCGAGAGAGAUGGCUUUUGCUGCGGUGGUUUCUGUUGAGCAGAUUCUUCAGCAACUGAUCUUGAAUCCUGCCGACGCUGUUCCCAAGUCAGCAAUGGAGUCUUUCCAUGUCAAGAUUCGUUCCUUGCAAUCAUAUCUUGAAAAGAUGUAUCCCGUGAGAAGAAGCAAACGAGACGUGGUGAAAAGACUGGAAUCUGAAAUCAGGGAAACCGUGUAUGAAGCCCAGGAUCUGAUCGAAGCCUUCAUCUCUAGCCACAACUCCCAGCCCGAUUUCCUUGUAAAUCUGAAGGAAAACGAAGGAAAGCUCGAUCAGAUCUUGGCCACGGCGGAGGAGAUAGUAGGUUCCGUGAAAGAUGAGCAGCCAACGCCGCCUGCAAAUGCCGAAACUUCUAAAUCCAUUUCUCGAGCUACCAAGAACACCAAGAUCGUGGGGCAAGAAGAAGAUUUCAAAACGCUGAGUAAGGUGAUCCUAAGCAAAACAACAGAUCUACAAGUAAUCCCGAUCACGGGCUUACCCGGGAUUGGUAAAACAACUCUCGCUCGAAGUAUUUUUGAUGACAAAGAAAUCGGGGAACGGUUCCCCGUCCGAUCAUGGGUGACCGUAGGCCAAGAUUUUAAUCCUGGAGAAGUCUUCUCGAAGCUCUUGGCUUCAAUCCAAAAGGGUGAUGGCUCAGUGAAACAAGGGAAUGCUGAGCACCUAGCUACUCAGUUGUACAAAAGUCUUCAAGACCCCAACAAACCGUAUCUGAUUGUAGUGGAUGAUGUGUGGGAUUCUGUUGUCUGGGACAGGAUAAGGAACUACUUCCCAAACAGAUAUAACUGCAGUCGGAUACUCGUGACAACUAGAAGUUAUACAAUUGCUGGGAAUGUGAAGUCCGGUUUCAGUCAUACGAUGAAAGAGCUGAAUGAAGAACAAAGCUGGGAGUUGCUGCGUGAAAAGGUGUUCGGAGGCGGGCAUUGCCCUCCUAAUCUGGAGGUUGCAGGAAGAAGCAUUGCUGAGCACUGCGGUGGUCUUCCCCUGUCAAUCACUGUGGUUGGCGGCCAACUCUCGCAAGAAAUUGAGAAUGAAAGUUAUUGGAAAAUCGUUGAAGAGGAUAUAAAAAUUGCUGCUGAUUCAGACAAAGAGACUGCUUACAUGGAGAUCUUGGCUCAAAGCUAUGAGCAUUUGCCUGCUAAACUGAAGGGGUGCUUCCUUUACAUGGGCGCCUUCCCUGAAGACAGUGAGAUUCAUGUCUCCAAGCUUGUGAAGCUAUGGCUUGCGGAAGGAUUUCUCAUGGAAAAUGGAUCAUCGUCUUUCGAAGACAUUGCUGAGCAAUGUCUUGCAGAUCUCCUCGACAGAAAUUUGGUUUUCCCUCUCAAAUUCAGCUCAAACGGGAAGGUCAAGACUUGCGGCAUGCAUGACAGUAUUCGGCAUCUGGCGGAGAGCAAGUCAGUGGACGAGAGGUUUUUUGUGUCGGUUAAAAAGGUUUCCAGUCAAAGAAGCCAACUGCACCAUGGAGAAGCUGUUGCAGACACUCUAAAAGGUAAACAUACUCAGAGUCAGAGGCGUUUAUCUGUUCAUAAAAACAUUCUAAUGUGCAUGGAAGAUGUUUAUGAAUCUGCCAAAUUGAUUAAACCUGCACGCACUCUUGUUUAUGCUGGCCAUUAUCACCAUCACCCCUUACCAUACUGUCUCGUUUACGACUGGCUUAGGGUGUUAGACGCUGUUAGAGUCCAUUUUAUUGAGUUCCCAACCCAAUUAGUUAAGCUGAUUCAUUUGAGGUAUCUCUCUUUAACCUACAAUGGGAAGCUUCCUGCAUCCCUAUCUCAACUCACAAAUCUUCUGGUUCUGAUUGUUCGUCGAUAUCCCAAGAUCGUAAUCAUGGGGAAAUCCAUCCUGCCGGUGGAGAUAUGGUACAUGAAACAGCUGAGACAUAUUCUGUUGACAGAAUGUGACUUCCCUAAUCUCCCAGAAACUCAAACAGGGGAUUCUCCUCUUCUUGAAAACCUUCAAACUCUUUCAGCGAUCAAUGCUGCUAACUGUACACAAGAGUUCUUCAAAAACGUGCCUAACUUGAAAAAGUUGGGAGUUUGGAUUGAAGCACCUGGCACUGUGAGCUUGUAUCUAGAUCAUCUCCAAGACCUUGAAGCUUUCAAGUUCAGAGUGCUCAAUCCCAUCCCUGGUAAAGAGAUUUAUUUGGAGAGGGAUCUUGUUUUCCCAGAGAAACUUGAGAAAUUGAGUUUAAGUGGUUGCAGCCUCCCAUGGGAUAGUCUGAACAAUGUCGGGAAGUUCCCAUGUCUUCGAGUGCUGAAACUCCGACACUUUGCCUUCCAAGGACCGGAGUGGAUCCCAGUGGAGGAACAGUUUCCUAAGCUGGAGUUGUUGCUGAUUGAAUGCUUGGACUUGGAGUACAUGGAAAUUGGUUUUGCUUCCUGCGAGAAUCUCAAAAGCCUUAUUAUCAAGAACUGCUACAAACUGGAGGAAAUUAAUGAAGAUGAAUUUACAAACAUAGGAACACUUGUAAGUGUUGAGUUAAUCGGCUGCAAUCAUCAAUUUGUUGAUCAGCUUACAGAAAUAAAAAACAGACUUGACGAAGAUGGAAAGAAAUUGGAAUUUGGCGUCCACUCUUCAUGGGGGGAGACAACAUCGCCAAAUGAAUGCUGACCAAGGAACUUCAAGACAUGUUUAUUAUCGGUUAGGGCAUCAUGGCCUAAUCUAUCUUGUAUCUCUUUUUUUCCCGGCUUUUGUUGUGAGUGUGGAGCAGUAUACUAUGUGAUUUGUUUCCUUAAAA